UCUCUCUCUCUCCUCUCUCGCAGAUUUUCUCUCUCUAAAAUGUUCUCUCUCUAAAACCCGCUCUCCGGGAAAAAGAUCUUCACUUUCUCACCCCGUUACUCCAUCGUGUUGUUUAUGGUCCGGAAUCAGAUCUCGGAGAACUAAUCGGCAAGCGUGUGGCCUUCGAUCUGUACGUGAUGGCACCAACAAGGAAAUCAAGGAGCGUGAACAAGCGAUUUUCAAAUGAAAUCUCUCCAGACAAAAGUUUUGCGAACUCAAGCAAAACUAAGCAGCGGAAGAGGAAACUGUCUGAUAAAUUAGGACCACAGUGGACCAAGGGAGAGCUUGCACGUUUUUAUGAAGCCUACCGGAAAUAUGGAAAGGAUUGGAAGAAGGUAGCUUCUCUAGUGCGGAAUAGAUCUGUCGACAUGGUGGAGGCCCUUUAUAAUAUGAACCGGGCAUACUUAUCCCUACCAGACGGAACAGCUUCCGUAGUGGGCUUAAUAGCAAUGAUGACAGACCAUUAUAACGUCCUGGAAGGUAGUGAUAGUGAAAGAGAGAGUGAUGAUGCUUUUGGAGUACCAUUGAAGCCUCAGAAACGCAAGCGAGUGAAAGUUCAGCUUAGUAACUCAAAAGAAGAUAACUAUAAUUCUCAACUAGUUACAUCGGGUGAUGGGUGCCUCUCAAUGUUGAAGAGGGUACAAUCUUAUGGUACCCAUCUCCGUGCAACUGGAAAAAGGACUCCUCGUGUCCCUGUCUCAUACCUACACAAGAAAGGUGACAGAGAAAGCUCCAUUGCACCAACCAAAUUAUUUAGAAAGUCUGAUGUUGUUGCUAACGAAGAUGAUGCCCGUGUGGCAGCAUUGGCUUUAGCAGAAGCAUCUCAAUUGGGAGAUUCUCCCAAAGUUUCUCUGAAACCUUACCGCAAAAAAGAGCCCAACAAAACUUCAUCUGUUGGGAGCUGGGAGAAGUCCAACCUUCAUGAUGCUUCAAUUCAUGAAGAUUGGGUAGAAGGUGGUAGAGGAAGCAGGAAAUGUGAAAAUGGAACUUAUGUCAGAGAUCGAGGCUCCUUAACAGAUAUUGAAGGAGUAGGUACCGUAGAAGUUCUUCGAAAAGGGAAAAAGUUCUAUGGAAAGAACGUGAAAAUUGAAGAAAUUGGAACCAACAAUUCUGAUGAAGAAGCAUGCAGCGGAACUGAAGGACUUAAAGGCAGUUCUCCAAGAGGGAAACUUGACAUUGACAUUUUAAAUGUCAAAACACAGCAGUGUUCACAGGUCCGGAAGAAGAGAAGCAAGGAACUUUUCUUCGGAGAUGAAAGCUCUGCAUUGGAUGCUCUCCAAACGUUGGCUGAUUUGUCGACUUUAAUGUUGCCAGUAUCUACUGUUGAAUCUGGAUUUAGUUUAUCCAUUGCUUCAUUCAUGUUUAUAUGGCAGGAGUUCCUAGAAGAAGACAAAAAGUCGAUGACCAAGGGGAAACACAAUGGUCAAAUUUCUGCUAAGUCAGAACAGUGGAAACCAGCCAAAACAUCAGGGGCUGAUUUGACAAUGUCAACUACACAAGUGUCUGCCGUUAACUCAGUUAGCUUGCCAGCCAAACGGCAACGUAAACGGAAGAUGGACCUGACCAGAAGAUUAAUCAAAAAAGAGGGGAGCUCCUCAGGCAACAUUGUCAAUAACCAACCUAAUACAAACUCUUUUCCGCAAGAAGAAAGAGUGCUUCUUCUAAAGGAAAAGCUUUCUCGUUGCCUGUCAUGUCCUUUAGCACGUAGAUGGUGCACUUUUGAAUGGUUCUACAGUGCUAUAGAUUACCCUUGGUUUGCCAAAAGGGAGUUUGUGGAUUAUCUAACUCAUGUUGGACUUGAGCAUAUUCCAAGGCUUACACGGGUAGAAUGGGGUGUCAUAAGAAGUUCUCUUGGUAAACCUCGGAGGUUUUCUGAACGUUUUUUAUAUGAAGAGAGGGAGAAACUUGAACAAUAUCGAGAUUCUGUGAGAAAACAUUAUGCUGAACUUCGCGCUGGUGCUAGGGAAGGACUUCCAACAGAUUUAGCUCGUCCUUUAUCGGUUGGAAAACGAGUAAUUGCUAUUCAUCCAAAAACAAGGGAACUUCAUGAUGGAAAAGUACUUACAGUUGAUCAUACUAAGUGCAGUAUUAUGUUUGAUUCUAGUGAUCUUGGAGUUGAAUUUGUCAUGGAUAUUGAUUGCAUGCCUUUAAAUCCAUUGGACUACGUGCCAGAAGCUCUGAGGAGACAGAACUUUGAUGUUGAUAAAUGUUCUUUGGUAUCUAAAGAGCCACAAAUGAAUGGGUAUCCAAAUUUUAGUGGGUCCAUGAGAUUUCCUUUUACUGGGCAGCUGGAAGGCGUAGGCGCUCCCGUGAAUACUCUGGUAAAGCAGGUGGAUACAAGUUAUGCCAUACCGCAAGCUAAGGUAUCAGAAACUAGCCCUGUUAGUGCACAACAAACAAUGCACAGCCAAUCAUGUGUCACAGCACAUAACCAAGCAAGGGAAGCUGAUAUACAGGCUCUUUCUUUGCUGAAUCGUGCACUAGAUGAAAAGGUUUCCUCUGCCCUGCUAAUUUUGCAGCAGCAUGGCAGCCCCCCGCCUACACGACCCAAGCCCUCAGUGACUUCUACUUUCUUAGGUUGCUUGAGGAGUUCUCUGGAUGAUUCUUUAACUUCUCAGGAUUCAGGAUCUGAAAUACUUAAAAUUGUCAAGGGCUCAAGAUCAAAAGCAUCAGCAAUGGUGGAUGCAGCUAUUAAGGCAGUAUCGUCUAUGAACGAAGGGGAAGAUGCAUUUUUGAGGAUCAGUGAGGCUUUGGAUGACAUAGACAAAGGGCAAUUAGCAUCUUACUCUAGGGUUCCUGGGAAUAGGUCACAAGAGCAAGUAAAUGACAGCUUGAAUCAGCAGAAUGGGUCAGUUUCUAGCGCAUCAGAACCUAUGUCUGUUGGUUUCAAACUGCGGGAUUCAGAUAAUGAGACACGAAUUCUUUCAGAUCUUAUCACAUCAUGUGUGUCAACUGUGCUCAUGAUACAGAUGUGUACUGAAAGACAGUAUCCCCCAACAAAUGUGGCUCAGAUAAUAGAUUCUGCUGUUACAAGCUUGCAGCCUUACUGUCCGCAGAAUCUGCCAAUUUAUAGAGAGAUACAGAUGUGCAUGGGAAGAAUUAAGACCCAAAUACUAGCUCUUAUACCGACAUGAGUUUGAUGCUUCUUUUUUCUUCUUCUUUUUUUCUUUUUCCUCUCUAAUAUUGCCCACAACUAACAUUGUAAAUAUUAAGGUAGAUCUUCCAGCUUUAGUUCUUUAAAUUUUUUUUUUUUUUUUCCAACUUUCUUUAGUAACUGAGAUGUUUUUGUAGUUUUGACAUUAACAUCAUCAAUAUAGAGUUCUUAUCUUUUGGCUAUAUA